AUGGCCUGCAUUCUACCCGGGAAGCACGAAUUAAGCGCCUACUGCAUGUCAGGCACUGCAGCAAGUCCUAAGCAAGGGCUGGAGACCCAACCCCCAACCAGCUUCUGCCCUCAGAGAGCUGCCAUUCCCCUGGGGGAAAGGACUUGGGGUGAUGUGGGAAGCUGGCAGGAAGAGGCUUCCAUCGGUUCUGACGAACGUCAGGGCUACCAAGCAGGGCUCACACCGCUCUCAUCUCACGAAUGGAACAAAAUGGUUCAGUCCUUGGCUCAGUUCUUGGUUCACAUGACAAGGUUCCAGAAGCAGCACAGACCAGGCUACCUCGGGCUCUUUACUGAAGGUGGCUCAGCAUGGGUAGCCUUGGGGUCCAUUCCUACCAGGGGCUACCCCGACAAGGCAGAACCAGCCCAAGCUUCUGAGCCUAGAAGAAGAGCCUUCCCAGAGGGCCAACUUGUGUUCUACUUGUAUAGCAUUUCAGGAGCCCAAGAAUCACAGACUCUGGACGUGGUUCUCAGUCUUGGCAGCCCCUCUCCUCAGCACAUUCACCCCUGUGGAGAUGGGCGGCCAUCUCUUUUUAAAUCACGGUGCCGCCUGAAUCAUGCAGCCACAUCCUUCCAGACGGGGUACCUGCUGGCCUCUGAGAAGGGGGAACGCCUGAAUAGCAACGCUGGGGAGAGCGUCCCAGCUCACCACCUGCACUCUGCCACGUGGACCUCGGCUGCUCCAGCUCACUUGUUGGGGAGCCAGAUGGCUUCCUGGCUCUGGAGGAGGCUGCGUGGGAAAAGGCGACCUCUCACCGGCUUUUGCUUCUUCCUGGCCCUGUCCAUGGCAGCCCUCACCGGCUUCUCCCCAGGCCUCCCAGCCCACGACCCCGGGGCUCCUGCGGAGUCUCCUCAAUGGGCCGGCCGACCCCUCAGGGGGGUGGGGGCCGUUCCUCCAGCCCCAAGCUCCAGUCAGGGUCAGGAGGUGGCAGCCAUGGGCCCCUGGGAAGGAUGGGCCUCCCUGAGGAACUCCAGUUUGGUCUGCAAGGACGAUGGGGGCUCCAGAGGCAGCGCGGGCCCCGGCCGUCCCCAUCCUGGUGAGUCCCAGACAUCCCGGGGCCGGGCCAGGAGGGAUGCUGUGGCUGCUGCUGCCGUCGCUGUCGCUCUGAGAGACCCCAGAGGCACGAGACACCUGGGCACGAGCAGGAAGGAUGCCGGGGGCCCUUUGGCUUUGAAGCAUGCCCGGCAUGGUGACCGCUUCCCGGAGCUGCCCAUCCAGAAGGUCUCUCCUGCUGCCUCUCCCGAAAGAAGCGUCAUCCGGAGGGCUUUGCCAGCUGGGAGGCCCCUUAUCACAGCCCUCCUUGGGGGCGUCAGACCUGCUCAGGGUUGGCCCACCCCACCUCAUCCAGACGUUCAGGUGGUUGGAGCUGGGAAGGGGGACUGGGGUCCGAGGGACGAGGGGCGAGCUGGCAGCUCUGCCCAGGGCCGGACAGCUGGUUUGUGGCCAGGUUCUGCCGAAGAACUUCGGGGCUCUGUCUGGUGUGCCGCUGGGAUGACUGGGAAGGAUAGCCAUAAAGGGGCGGGUGAAAUCCCGCCGUGGUUCACAGAGGAUGACGUGUGGAAGAUGAGGCUGCUGGCCCAGGGAGAGGUGACCGGCACAGCGAGGGUCCCCGGGCAUGGGCAGGUCCUCCGAGUCGGUCUCUCUAAGGACAAUGUCCACGAUGCCUUUCCCCCUGACCUCAGCCAGCAGUGCUCGGAGGGACUCUGUGGGCUGAUCAAGCGGCCCAAGGACCUCUUUGAGGUCCUCUCCUUUCACCUGGACCGGGUGCUCGGCUUGUCCCGCAGUUUGCCCGUGGUAGCGAGACACUUUCACAGCCCCCUGCUGCCCUACCGCUUCACCAGGGGAGAGGCCCGUCCUGUGGUCUGGUGGGCCCCUGACAUCUGGCACCUGAAGGACAGUGACAAUGAUCAGAACUCCUUUGCCCUGGGAUGGCUGCAGUACCAGGCCCUGCUCCGGCUCCGCUGCGGCAUGGCCGGCUCUGGGGCUCCGCUGGGGGAGGCCCCCUGCUUGGGCAUCCACCACACCGAGUGGGCACGGCUAGCCCUCUUCGAUUUCCUCCUCCAGGUCCACGACCGCCUGGAUCGCUACUGUUGUGGCUUUCAGCCUGAGCCGUCUGACCCGUGCCUAGAAGAAAGACUCCGAGAGAAAUGCCGAAAUCCAAGCGAGCUGCUGCUCGUCCAUAUCCUGGUGAGGGAGAGUGACCCGUCCCGCCUGGUGUACAUCGACAAUGCUGGCAAACCUUUGCACCCAGAAACCAAACUCAACUUCAGGCUUCUCGAGGGCAUCGAUGGAUUUCCUGAAUCAGCGGUGAACAUUCUUGCCUCCGGAUGCUUGGAGAAUAUGCUCCUGAAGUCACUGCGGAUGGACCCCGAGUUCUGGGAGAGCCAAGGUGGGCUCCAGGGCCUGAAGCCUUUGCUUCAAACCAUCGAGGGGAGAGGACAGAUCCUGCUGGAGCACAUCCGGGACCGCAACUUAACCCUCUUCAGGGAGGAGGCUCAGGGGGGGCACCGAGAGCUACUCACCUGAUUAGCACCAGACCUGAUGGUGGAAAACCAGGAGGAUGGACCUGCAGGCAGGGAUCAUAUCUUCAGGACCCGCUGUGUUAAAAACCAUAACGGUGCAUGUUCCCACAGUGCAAACGAAAUGUGUAG